AUGCUUGCCACUCUAAGGAAAGCGGGUUCUUUGGCUCGUAAUGCCUCUGCAGGCCAGAAGCGGUUCCUGUCCAUUCAUGAAUACCAGUCGAUGGGCCUCUUGAACUCGUACCACAUUCCUACUCCCAAGAGCGUGCCCGCGAAAUCUCCGGAAGAGGCCUAUGACGUUGCCAAAAACUUCGGUACCGACCAGCUUGUUAUCAAAGCUCAGGUUCUGGCGGGCGGUCGCGGCAAGGGCAAGUUUGAUAAUGGGCUCCAGGGAGGUGUACACAUGGUUUCAUCCCCUGAGCAAGCCAAAGACUAUGCUAGCAAGAUGAUUGGUGCAAAGCUCAUCACCAAGCAAACAGGCGCUGCCGGACGCAUCUGUAACGCGGUCAUGCUCGCCGAGCGGCGUCAACCGAAGCACGAGUACUACGUUGCCGUCCUCAACGACCGUGCCUCGAACGGCCCUGUUCUCGUGGCGUCUGCCCAGGGUGGCAUGAAUAUCGAGGAGGUUGCCGCCAAGGACCCUGAGGCCAUAAUCACUACUUCGAUCCCCUUGCAGGGUUUGGACAAGGCCACAGCGCUCAGCGUCGCCGAGAAGCUCGGCUUCCAGGGCAGCGCGAAGGACGAGGCUGCCGACAUCUUUAUCAACCUUUACAAAAUCUUCAAGGACAAGGAUGCCACUCAGAUUGAGAUUAAUCCUCUGGCCGAGACGACUGACGGAGCCGUGCUAUGCAUGGAUGCCAAGUUCGGCUUCGACGACAACGCGGACUUCCGCCAGAAGGACGUCUUCGCGCUUCGGGAUGUCUCGCAGGAGGAGCCAUCCGAGGUUGAGGCAGCCAAGGCCAACCUCAACUUCAUCAAGCUCGACGGUAACGUUGGGUGCUUGGUGAACGGCGCUGGGCUGGCCAUGGCCACCAUGGACGUCCUGUCCCUCCACGGCGGUCAACCCGCCAACUUCCUUGACGUCGGUGGAGGUGCUACACCGGAGACCGUGAAGAAGGCGUUCGAACUCCUGCUAGCUGAUCCUAACGUCAAGUGCAUAUUCAUUAACAUUUUCGGUGGCAUCAUGCGCUGCGAUUACAUCGCGGAGGGUGUGAUCAAGGCGACCAAGGAACUUGGCCUCACGAUCCCUCUCGUUGUUCGCCUGAAGGGCACGAAGGAAGACGAAGCGAAGAAGAUGAUAGCUGACUCUGGCCUGAAGAUCAUCGCCUUUGACGGCCUCGACGAUGCCGCGGAGCGUGCCGUCCAGUUAGCAACACAGUAG